ACAGAGACACCUAGACUCACAGAGACACAUAGACUCACAGAGACACACACAGUAUUUGAAAUGGAAACUAUUGUGGAAAAUCAAACAUACCUGUGCACAGCUGGGCCAGGGACAAACAUCUCACAGGAUCUAGUAUCAAGUGUGCAGAAGUCUGAAGUUCUAGCUGUGACACAGCCACAGGUCGGUAGGAAAUGCAAGCAGAAGCUUAAACACCUCAACACCAACACCAGCAGAGACCUCGAGGAGCCACUGUGGGAAUCAGGGCUGACUGGCAGACAGAUCCCUCAAAGGGAGCCUGUCACACCAUCACAGCAGGACCCCAAGACCAAGGCUAGGAAUCCAUCACAGUCUUUCUAUCAAAUGACUGGGGCGAAGAUGGUGGAAGUGUCUAAGGUGGACUUGAUGAGUGACAAAGACGAGCUGACCAUCACGUUAGAGAGAGAGCAGGCCGCUCUGAGAGCUGAGGCAGAGCGUCUAAAAGAAAGGACUGAGAUUGUCAAAGCCGAGGGGCCUUUGGAAGACAUAGUGAGAGAGAUCAGAUUAAAGAGACUCCAACUGGAUUUAAUUGACGCAGAGUGUAGAGAAGAAGAGGUUCUUCUCAAAGUCAGUCAGCUGGAGGACGCUCUGGAAAAGGAAAAGGAGAAUCAGAAGGAAGCUCAGAAAUCCCUGGCCCAAGAGAAGGAAGAAAACACCAGACUUGUGGCGGCACUGACCCAGGCAGAGGAAGACCUGAAGAGGGAAACACUGCAGUGGCAGGAGGAGAGUACUGGUCUACUGCAGUCUAUCCAAGAUCAUAAACAGGCCCUCCGACAAAACACAGUUGAAGAAGACAUGAUGAGGAGAAUGGAGUGUCUCACACAGCAGUUGGCAAUGCUUGGGAAGAAAACCAAGAAACCUUCUCUGAUGACAAGAUUCUUCAAUCUCUUCAAAUAACAAAGCCCCACCUUUGUGGGUUUCCUCCGGGUGCUCCGGUUUCAUCCCACAGUCCAAAGACAUGCGUGUUAAUGUUUUAUAAGACAAAAAACUCAAAUAAAUGUCAAAAAAUACAACACAAA